UUCUUCGGCGUGCGACGAGUCGCUGACUUUUCGUACCGACUCAGUCGCUGUAUUCGCGGUAUUCGCGUUAUUCCUACGACGAUACGCACCGCACGAAUCUAGGAAUCCGUAUACACACGACGGAUUCGACGAGGUAUAAAUGCCUGUAAGACCUGUUUUCGCGAUUACCUCGUCCCGAGGAAUCCCGCCAAGUGCGUUGUUCACCAGGAAUAGAAACGCCGCCAGUCUUUGUUUGUCCGCGCACGAAGACGGGAGGAAGUGCUUAGAAUCGCCAGUGACUUCCCGUGAUUUCCAUAGUUUCGGCCGAUUGAUCGGAAAUCGCCAAAGGAUGCUGUCCUUCAUUCUAUGUUUGCUGCCUUUGGCGACAAGCUUACCCGUAGAGUCGUCCUCGAAGAAUUAUAUCUUGGAUAUUGACAAGAAUAUCCUAAGAAACAUUCGUUUCGUUGGAGAUCCUAGUCUUCAGCUGAAUCUAUCAAGCAUGAAUCUCCAUGCAAUACAGAAGAACGCAUUCGAUUAUGUAGCCGAUGUGGAGUCUCUCGACUUGUCUAACAAUUCGUUGACUUCAUUACCUGAAUUCAUUUUCUCCAACCUGACGAAGCUGAAGAAUCUAUUUCUAUCAAGCAAUCAAAUAUCGAGUGUGCGCACCCUGUUUGUUGGCUUGGAGAAUCUGCAGCUGUUGGACAUUUCCCAUAAUUAUAUCAGACAUCUCAAGAGAGGCAAUCUGUUUGGCUUGACCAAGUCCACCAGAAUUCUCAUUGACCAAAAUAUCCUCUGGAGCAUCAGCACAGGCGUGUCCGCUAACUUUUUCCUAAAGCAUACAGAACUGGAGCAAGCAGCCAACAAAAUUACAAUCAUGAAAGAAUACGAAGAACAGGAGAAGAAGGAGGAAAUCGAUAACAUGGCUUUUAACGAACGAAAGAAUCAUGAAGUUCUGAGCAAGUACACUCGAGUGAAGUUAUGCAAAUCUGACGGUGUCGUAAGGUCAUUGGAUAUCCUCUUAAAGGACGAGGAACUCGCAGAAGGAUGUGCCCAAGUGCCACUUGACGUAGACAAGAAGGAUGUGAUGCUUCAGGAGCAAAACAUAGUAGCUUUCCAAGAAGGCUGGUACCAGCUGCAGUCUUUGCCGAUCGCUUCGAUAGACCUGUCGAACAACGAAAUUGCUGAGAUCAGGGAGGAAACGCUGAACGACUUGCCGGCGGGUCUUACAUACGUAAAUUUCCUGGGAAAUAAAAUACGCAGGAUCUGGAGUCAGGUGGUUAAGAACGAGUAUCUGAGAAAUCUCAACUUCAAAGACAACCUAAUCGAGGAGAUCGAAGAUGGUGCGUUCGAGAAAACGAAGUUGUACGGACUGUACCUCGCUGACAAUCAGAUAGAAGACUUGAACUUCGUCUCCACGUUGCCGGAGACCUUAACGGAGCUUAUUCUGAGCGGAAACCGCGUAACUUCCGUUCCUAACGGCGUGUUCGCUAAGCUGCCUCACCUAAGCCAUCUGACUCUUAACGAUAACAAGAUUGACACGUUGCGGAACGACGCUUUUCAGGGUCUUGUGUCUUUGCGCACAUUGAUGUUGAUGAAAAACCGUGUGACGACGAUUGAGCCGGCCACUUUCAAAGGCUUGGUAGCAUUGAGAGUGCUCGAUUUACCUUACAAUUUCAUACGAGAUUUGCCGAACGGCACAUUCGUCGAGUUGACGGCUCUGAAGGAAUUGAAUCUCGCCCGAAACAAGAUCACCGACGCUUCGUUCGCCGAUCUUCCGAGUACUUUGAACUCCUUGCAUCUCGAUUACAACGAGAUCGAAGCGCUCGAGGAAGGCAGCUUCGUACAAGCCCCCAGGCUAUCUCUGUCCUUGACCGGAAAUAGAAUCUUCAAUAUAGCGCGUGGUGCCUUCAAUCUGCCCACGCUCAGGGACCUGUACUUAAACAACAACAAUUUGACAACUAUCGAAAGCAACAGUUAUGAAGGUUUGAGACAUUUGAGACGCCUUUGGCUCUCAGAUAACUUUAUCACCAAAAUCCACAAGGGUUCCUGUAAAAAUUUCGGCAGCCUCUAUAUUUUGGAUAUAUCUAGGAAUCCUUUCCACAAACUGGAGAACGGCGCUCUGUACGGUAUCAGCACCGGUAUGGGAAGCAACGUGUAUAUUUAUGAGAACAAUCUGAAGGAAAUGCAAGCCGGUCUCUUUGAAAACGUUUAAUCGCUUUAAAAAGUUCGUUCUAACAUGACACGAUAUACUCAUCUACGAUAGAUAAAAAAUUUAUCAACACAUUUUCGCACAUCUCUAUAUUUACCAUUUUAUAUAUUCAU